GGGCUAAGACCCGCAGAAAAGGUGGGACACAGGACUGGGGAAUGAAGGCUGACAAAAGAUCACACAAAGGGAUUGGGCCAAUCAGAAAAGAUGGCACAGACCAGCCUGGAAUGCAAAACGACAGGAUCCAAAAGUCUGAGCACAAAUGGAGACACACACAGAAAAGAGUGGAAUAAGAUCCUCCGGGGAAAAGGACCAAGAGGUGGUCAGAGGAGAAACCAUGGAGAGGAGGAGGAGCAAACUGAUGGACUGCAGCCUUGCAGGGAGUCGGAGGACCAGCAGCGAGAGCACAAUAGGAGAGGCAGAAAAAUGAGGCCUGGGGCACAAAGACGUGGCUCUCAGGGGGAAAAGAAGACGGGCUGGAGGCACAGAGAAAAGGGGACAACAGGAAAGGGUGGGAGGGAAACCGUGAGACACACGGAGAAGGCAGGUGAGGAUGACAGAGUGGAGCCCGGAUGAAACUGAUGAAUUGAGGUGAAAUCGGGGAGGCACACGCAUGCAGACAGACUCGGGAAAGGGCCGAAGUGACAGAAAUACUACCGCAGAGAAUCGGAAAGAAAGGGAAGAAAGGGAAGGACAGGGCCGGGCUAUUCGGAAAUUAGGAACGUAGAAGAAGGGGGUACGAAAAUCAGCAGGAUGGACAGGCGGACAGAAACUCCCAAGAGAAUGGGAAAACCGAAGUAAGGAAAAUCAGCACCUAAACGGACGGGAAGAGAGACACGGAAAGGGGCGCAACCUGAGGAGGUGUGAUAAGGGAAGGAAACGGGGAAAAAACACAGGAGGAGAAACGCACGCAUAAAAGGAGAAGGGUAGAUCCGGAGUUGGGGCACAGGGAGAGAAGUGAGAGAAACACGAGCGUCCAGGCAGCGAAGAAGAACCGCCCAAGCGAAGUCGAAGCCAGAACACAAGAGGCAAAACCGCGCGGUGCAGGCUAGAGGGCGAGACUGCGCAUGCGCGCACAGUUCCGGGUCAAUGCCUGGGGGUCGGGCCUGGCAGCCGUUUGUGGGGGCAGGGCCAGUCUCAUCCUGGGAGCAGUACUCGAUGCCCCAUUGGCCACCUCUCCCAAAAGGGGAACAACAAUCUGGAAAGAUCCAUGGAAGCCAACGAAGUGCCCACUGUCCACCACUGUGCCUCCGACUCUGCCACAGGGGAUGAGACCAGAGCCCCCCCAGGCACGGAGCUUAUCCCCAGGAGAGCUGUCAGUCGCUCUCCAACCUGUGCCCGCUGCCGAAACCAUGGCGUCACUGCGCACCUCAAGGGCCACAAGCGCCUGUGCCUCUUUCAGGCUUGCGAGUGUCACAAAUGUGUCCUCAUCUUGGAGCGCCGGAGGGUCAUGGCUGCCCAGGUGGCCUUGCGUAGGCAACAGGAGGCACAGCUAAAGAGGCAUCUGGCUCAGGGACUGAUGAGGAGAGGGGCAGCUCCUCCCAAAGCUCCUAGCCAUGUCAAGAAGGGAGCCACUCGACCAGGGGUCCCCCCUGGAAAGGAGAACAUAGCACCCCAGCCUCAGACACCCCAUGGGGCAGUCCCAUUGGCACUGACACCCCCUGGAAAGGAUAACUCCCGUGGGCCUCUGCUGCUCAGCCGUCCCCCAGAAGCCUUGCCUUUGUCCUGGACUCCGGGGCCUCCAGGCCCUUGGGCUCCUGGACACUGGCUGCCUCCAGGCCUUUCCAUGCCACCUCCAGUGGUAUGCCGCUUGCUAUGCCAAGAACCUACUGUCCCUCUGCAUCCCUUUCCUGGCUUUGACCCUGGCACUUCCCUCCAGAUGCCCACUCAUGGGCCCCUCCCAACCUGCCCAGGAUCGCGCCCGAUACUGACGGCUCCUCUUUCUGGAGAAUCCCAAGGGCCCUCUGCCCUGCCCCGCACAUGCUCGACUCUGAUACUCCAGCCCUGUGGCACCCCAGACCCUCUUCUGCUGCAGCCAGAGGCCCCCGGAGGUUCUCCCCUGGCCUGGACCUCUGCCCCCUCAGAGCGGCAGCUGCAGCGGGAGGCAGCUGAGGCUCUUGUGGGUCUGAAAGAUUCCUCCCAGCCUCCCCGCCUGACCUCUUCUGUUCCCCCCAACCCUGCCUGGAUCUCCCUCCUCCACCCCUGUGGCCCACCAGCUCCUGCUGGAGGAAGAGGAUUCCAGCCUGUUGGCCCCUCUCUCCGACCCAGCCCAGCCCCCUCUGUGGCUCUGCAUAUUGGGCAUCUGGGCUCUAUCUCCCUCCUAAGCUAGAAGCCCAGAGAUGGAGGCUUUGCUGGGGCAAGAGGCAACAGCCUGUGGGCACUGUAUAUUUGGUAUUUUAUUUCUGGAUUUAUGCAUGGAAUUUAAUGUAGUACAAGCUUCCGGCUUUUCUUUCUUUCUUUUUUUUUUUUUUUAAGCUUUCAGGUGUUUCAUUAGCUUUUGGUUCCUUGUGUAGUGUGGGCAUUUCCUUGACUGAAAGUGGUAUUCUCCUACUCACUUGUGUCCUGGGACGUUUUUAAAAUCCCCAACAAAGUGAGAGUUGUGCAGUUUAAGCUAACCAGUAUCUAAAUAGGUUUUUGCAUGAGUUCACGUUCCAGAAUACUUAUUUGACAUGUGAUUCUAUACAUACCUACGCACUCAUGUCUGUCUCCAUGCAUGCAAAAACAGGAGAGUAUUUUCAUUUUGUGUCUACCUUUGGGUGAGUAACUGAGAAAUAAACCUUUGUUGUUUUAAGCCACUGAGAUUUGGGGAUUGUUGCCACAGCCUAACCUAGUCUAUCCUGACACAAAGGACUUGUUCAUGGGAUGCCUGGGUGGCUCAGCUGGUUAAGAGUCUGCCUUCAGCUCAGGUCAUGAUCCCAGGGCCCUGGGAUUGAGUCCUGCAUUGGGCUCCUUGCUCAGUGGAGAGCCUGCUUCUCCC